AUGGAUCGCCUACAGAUGGGCCCGCCGCCCGCCCUCUUCACGUCGGCCCAGAGACACAACUCGAUGCCCGCUAAGAUGGACGUCCACGAGAGUGAUCUCUUGGGCUUCAACCAUCGCUUCCAGUCGAUUCGCGAGCAGCGUGAGGCGAGCGAGGGUUUGAUACAGGAACUGUUGACCUACUGCGAAAGAACCCAAGAGGGCCUGCGCCAGGAAAAUGCCACGCUGCGCCAACAGCUCCGCGAGAGCCAGCUCGACCUCGAUGACGCGCGCACGAGGCGCCGCGAGUUCCAGCAGCGACUCAAGGCGGCCGACGCUCAUGUGCAGAGCAUGAGUGCUGAGAUCACGAAUGCCAAUUUUCAAGACCAUUUCAUUCAAGCGGGCAUCGAGGGCGGCAAAAAGGCCGCCUACGCGCUGCGCCGCGCCAUUGUGUCGCUCUGCGGCCAGUUCGCCGACGAGGUCGAGAUCGUGGCCAAGGUGUGCGCCAACCUGACGGGCCUCGCGCGGGCGAUGCGCCGCGACGGCUGCAUCGAGGCCGAGUUUGACCUCAAAGAUUUUGCACUCGGCUUUACGCAGGCCAAGGCCCAUUUUGACUUUAUCGAUGUCGGCUACGGCAAGGAACGGGCCGAUUCCAAAAUUAAAGAACUCACACGAUGGCAUCUUCGUAAUUAUAACUGUAAACAGAUUUUGCUGGGCGUCUCUCACGACGCCGGUUAUGCGCCCUUUCUCGAUGAAAUAUUGCAGGAUCAAGAUUCGCGGGCGCGCGUCACCGUCAUUGAAGGGUCCCCGACGGCCCGGGAGCUGCGGGAUACAAACGUCAAUGUUAUUCAGUUUGAAGAGCUCUUCCGCGCUGACAAGUUGAUCAACCGGUCGCCCGACAGUUCGCGCAACGGUUCUUUCGCCUUUGGCCCGGGGCAGCAAGCGAAGUCACAGACACAAGCGCUGGCGACGAUGCCGAUGCCGAUGCCGAUGCCGGUGCCCGCCGUUUCAAAUGCAGCACCGGCGGCGGCCCCCAUGAUGGCCCCGGCAGCACCCACGUUGCCGGCCUCGUGGGCAGCCGUGACGCGUUCGGCGACGCCGCCCCCGCAGAUCACGACGCCGCUGGCGGGCAAGAUGUCGGCAGCCAAGGCCCGCGCAGCCAGCAGCCUGGCCAAGGCGGCGGCAGUGGCGUGGAACCCCGGUCCACGCGGCCUCGACGCGCCCAUUGCCGUUGUGCCGGUGGCGCUCGACAGCAUCAAGAAGCGCAAGGACACGGACAAGCUAUGCAACAACCAUUACCUGCGCGGACCCUGCGUCAAGGGCAGCGACUGUUGCUUCGAGCACCGGUAUAAGCCGACGCCCGAUGAGAUACACGCCAUUGCGCACCUCGCACGGCUCAAUCCCUGUACCAAGGGGCAGGAGUGCGACAUUGAGAAUUGCAUCUACGGACAUCAUGAACCUUCCCAUUGA